GCUCGAAUUUGUAUGUAUAUAAUAUUAAAACGGAUCCGCAAAGUAAUGAAUUUGGUGAAAAAGGUGUCGCAGAACAUUCUAGGUAACAAUCCGAAAAUGAGAAUCGUGCAAUUCCGAUACGGCGAUGAUAAAACUAGGAUAGGAGUGUUGAAGAACGAUCGCGUGGUGGACGUCAACGCCACCGAUCCCACCGUACCCUACUCGCUGGUGGAAUUUCUGCAAACCCGCAACCCUCUGGACGCUCUUAAAAGGAUCGCAGGAAGCUCGAGCAUCGAACACAACCUAUCCGACGUGAAACUCCUCUCGCCCAUCACCAAGCCGGACAAGAUCCUGGGCGUAGCCUCGAAUUACAAGUGCGACUGCACCAAGAGGAACAUCCAGUUCCCGAAGGAACCCACCGUAUUCACGAAAUUCCCGUCGGUAAUCACCGGUCCCUACGAUGAAAUACCCAAAUCACCAUCCACCAACGCGAUGGACUGGGAGAUCGAACUGGUGGCGGUCAUCGGGAAAACGGCCAAGCACGUGAAAGCCGCGGACGCCAUGGAUUUCGUCUUCGGCUACACCGUAACGCAGGAUUUGACCGCCAAGGAUUGGGUGAUGAGGAACGGCGGGCAGCUGGUGAUGUGCAAAGGCUUCGACGGAUUCUGCCCGCUGGGCCCCUGGAUCGUCACCAAGGAGGAGCUGGGCGAUCCGUACGACGUGAGAUUGAGGACGUGGAUCAACGGCGAGCUGAAGCAGGACGGCCAUUCCUCCAGCAUGCUGCAGAGGAUCGACAAGAUGAUCGAAUAUCUAUCGAGCGUAAUGACUUUGCUUCCCGGUGAUCUAAUCCUGACGGGUACUCCGUAUGGAGUCGGCGCGAGUCAAAUUCCACCGCAGUAUUUGAAGAGCGGCGAUGUGAUGGAGAGCGAAAUCGAUAAAAUCGGGAAAAUGUCGAAUAAGAUAGUGUAAUGAUUGAAAAAUGUGAACGUUCAUAUUAAAACAGUACAAUCGAC